CCGCAUAUUAUGAAAGAUCCUAAAACCCUGCUGUUGAUUUCCCUCCCGUCUUUUCUAAUAUUCCCUGUGUUUGUCACUUUAGUACACUUAGUUUUUAUAUUCCCGUCUUUUGUGUCGACCAGGCAUACAAACAAUUGGGCAGUAAUAGUAGAUACUUCGCGUUUCUGGUUCAACUACAGACAUGCUAGUAACGUUCUUGCUUUCUACCGAAGUAUCAAACGAUUAGGAAUACCCGAUAGCCGAAUUAUUUUGAUGCUUGCUGAUGAUGCAGCGUGUAACUCUAGAAAUCCUCGGCCAGGCACGAUAUUCCAUAGUGCAUACAAGCCAAUCAAUCUUUACGGAGAAGAUAUUGAAGUUGACUAUAGGGGCUAUGAAGUAACGGUUGAGAAUUUUAUACGCAUUUUAACUGGCCGUUUGCCUCCUUCGACACCACCCCUAAAGCGUCUCAACACCGAUCAAUUUAGCAAUAUUCUUAUUUACAUUACUGGGCAUGGAGGUGAUGGUUUCUUGAAAUUCCAAGAUGAAAAUGAAAUAUCUAGUUUGGAACUAGCAGAUGCUAUUGAGCAAAUGUGGCAGAAAAGGAGGUAUAAUGAAAUCCUACUUAUAGUUGACACUUGCCAGGCCGAGUCUAUGGCCUCUUUAAUUUAUUCACCGAAUGUGCUAACUAUCGCCAGCAGUAAAGUUGGUGAAGAUUCUUUAUCACAUCAUAUGGAUUCAGAUAUCGGUGUUUACGUGGCUGAUCGUUAUUCAUAUUAUGCCAUGGAAUUCUUGGACAAAAUUGAGUAUAAUAGCACCGCAACAAUGGCAUCUUUUGUGAGCCAGUAA